AUGACUCCUCGCCCAGCAGCACCCGCAACCGCCACCCGACCACACCCCCAUGUGGCUGCAGAGAGCAGCUGGAGGGGCGACGAGCUCCCGGUGAAGCAGCAAAGAUGUUCAGGAGAGGAGCAUUUGGAAGACGGGGCUCAGUGGGGAUGGGGCGGAGUCCAGAGUACUUACCUGGGUGGGGGCGGAGCCAGAGGACUGGCCACUGUUACCCCCCUCCCUCUGAAUGCACAGAACUACCUGGAGGGGCUGUGGAGAGUUUCCUGCAGCAGACCAGAGCAACAGAACGCUACGGUGAGCAUAAAGGGACAUUAACACCCCAUAAAAAAUAAAUGAUAAAAGUGAACCAAAAACACUCACAGCAUCGCCACGCAGACCAGUCAUCCUCCGUCUGCUGCCGCUUCCUUCUUCAUCAGGGCGGCUCAGAAGCUCAGUCUGUCCCGCAGGAAGAAGUCCCAGCCUGGCCCUGCCUCCCCAACCGGUGAGGCCCCGGGCCCCCUGCUUUACACUGGAGGCUUCAGCGGGGCCCUGCAGCUCUCGCCACCCGCCAUCCCACCAUGCCUCCUCCGGGCUGGGUCAAAGGUCAAGGACACGCCAGGAAUGGGGAAGGUCAGAGUCAUGGUCCGGAUCUGUUCGGUCCACAGCAGCGAGUCGUCCGAGUCCAUGUCCCUUCUGAAGGUGGACGGCAGGAAGAAGCAGCUGACCCUCUGCGAGACGUCAUCCGGUGGUACCUCCUCGUCGUCCUCCUCUCAGAGACGAUCGUCCUCCUCCGCUCCGAAGACGUUCACGUUUGAUGCCGUCUUCACGCAGGAUGCUUCACAGGCUGAGGUGUGCUCGGGGACGGUUGCUGAGGUGAUCCAGUCGGUCGUGAAUGGAGCAGACGGCUGCAUCUUCUGCUUUGGACAUGCCAAUCUCGGUAAGACCUACACCAUGAUUGGUCGGGACUGCUCCACCCAGAGUCUGGGCGUGGCUCCUACAGCGAUCUCAUGGCUCUUUAAAGUGAUCGAGGAGCGGAGGGAGAAGUCCGGAGCUCGUUUCUCUGUCAGAGUGUCGGCCGUGGAGAUCUCUGGCCGGGAGGAGACGCUCACCGACCUUCUGUCUGAGCUCUCCUCUUCCUCAACCGGGGGCCAACAGGAGGCCCCGGGCCCCGCUGUUUCACUGAGAGAAGACCCCCUCUGUGGAUCCCAGCUGCAGAACCAAACCGAGCUGAGAGCCACCUGUGCAGAGAGAGCUGCUUUUUUCCUUGACGCCGCCCUGGCAGCCAGGAGGAGCAGCCGGGCGCCAAACGACCAGGAAGCUCGGAGGAACUCGCACUUCCUGUUUACCCUGCACGUCAACCAGGAGAGGCUGGACAAGAGCAGCAAGGCAGCAGUAUCCGGGCGGAGCCGCCUCCACCUCCUGGAUUUGGGUAGCUGUGAGACGGACAUAAGCAGGACCAGAGAGGGGGGCGGGGGUCAGUGUCUGUCCCUGUCUGCGCUGGGAAACGUCAUCCUCGCCCUUGCCAACGGGGCCAAGCAUGUUCCCUACAGGGACAGCAAGCUCACCAUGCUGCUCAGUGAAUCCCUUGGCAACAUCAACUGUCGAACCACCAUGAUCGCCCACAUCUCCGACUCCCCGGCCAACUACAUGGAGACGCUGACCACGGUGCAGCUGGCCUCCCGCAUCCAUCGCAUGAGGAAGAAGAAGUCGAAGUAUGCCUCCAGCUCAUCCGGAGGGGAAAGUUCCUGUGAGGAAGGCCCGUCCCAUAGACCUGCUCCUCUUCGAUCCUUCCACCCUCGGACCAUCGCCCUGGAUCCAGACAUUCCCCUUCUUCUCUCCAGUGAUCCCGACUACUCCUCAAGUAGUGAGCACUCCUGCGACACCGUUAUCUACGUCGGGCCUGGAGGGGCGGCAAUCUCCGACAGAGAGCUGAGCGACAACGAAGGGCCGCCUUCUUUCGUCCCCAUCAUUCCCUCUCUGAACAAAAAGCGAGUCAAGGAUGCGCCCAGGUCAGAUGGUGACCACUUCAAGUGUAAUACGUUUGCAGAAUUGCAGGAGAGGCUUGACUGCAUUGAUGGCAGUGAAGGCCCUGCAACGUUCAGCUCAGAGGGAAAAGCAGGACUUACAGCGGGGCUCAGGGCUCAGACAGGAGCAACCAAACCCACUGAGGCAACUUUGCCACCAAAAUCUGACAAGAACUCCUCAUUCAGGGUCUUGGAAAGCUUACCAGCCCUAUGCAAAACUAAACCUGAUCAAGGUGACCUUAAAUUCCUUUCAGCCAAAGGAAUAGUGGAAACUUCCAAGCGGACGAGUGCAGAUGGGGAGAGAAUUUCGGCAGGCAUCUCUCAGUCAUGUGCGGCAAGGCCUGGUGGGAGUUCAUCCCAGGAUUCAGAGCCUGUAGUUCGAGAAAAGGUCCACCUAAAAGGAGGUCUGCCCAGACCGCCUACUUCACCCCCCUUACCUCGGACAGAAUUCAGGGAGGUUUCUGGUAGGACUCCACCUGUGGGAAUGAGUCAACAGGCACUGAGGCAAGGGUCUGCUGACACUGAACGGGUCCUUCUUACAGACAGAAGCCUCGUAGAGGCCAACAAUCUUCGGGCCUCUUUGUUAGGAAGAUGUCUUGACAGGGAUUUUCUGAGGACUACCGUUACACUCCAGCAGCCUGUGGAGCUGAACGGGGAGGAUGAGCUUGUGUUCACAAUAGUUGAAGAGCUUCCACAUGGCCUCGUCCCAGACAAUGGCCGUCCUUCCAACCUCCUCAGCUUCAACACCGACUGCUCCUGGCAGGCAUCCGCAUCCGGCUCUCGCCCCGUCAGCAUUAUCAGCAGUAUUAAUGAUGAAUACGAUGCUUACACGUCUCAACAAGGAGCUGUAGGACCUGCUCCUGAUGUUGGAAGAAAUUACCAGGAAUGCUUCCUUUCCCAGCAAGGCGAUGAUCAGCCAGCGGUCAGCUCAUGGUCGAGUGAAGCCACACAUUCACAUUCUUACUUAAGGGACAAAAAUCGAGCAGCAGAGACCGCAUCAAUGCUAACCUUGCCGAGUAAAUUCCAUAAACAGCCGUUUUUGCAUCAUGGCAUCAAGAGUUCCCUGAAUGACAGUGGAAUCUUUUUCUCUGAGCUGGAUAGUGAUCCUGCAACUCCAAACAAACCUUCCCUCACCAAAUGCCCCCUCUCCCCUGACUCAACCAAGUUCUCUCUAAAAGGCUCCCUAAAAGCAAGAGGGAAUACUCUAAAUAUGUCAGCCCUUAGUUCCCAUCACACUGAACAUUCCAGUCUUCCCAGGAAAACCAAGCCUACCUCAUCUGCAACUGUGGGCGGCAGCAGACAGGACGGUAGACAUGAUGACGUCUUGCUUCAGGGAAGCAGGGACUUUGAAUCCAGAGAGGUUGACCAUCUCUCUGCAGGUAAGCCAAGAGUUGGCAUAAGUACUGUUUCAUCCAAGAAGCCAGGAGGGAACAGUAACAGUGUACCCCGGACACCAAAGGGGCAACUGUCUUCUUCAGCCCAAAGGAUUGUGGAUGGCUGUGAAAAGGCAAGCAGCAGGAGGUCAGAUACCCUCAUCAAGCUGCCACGUCUAACCCGAGGUGCAACAACCCUCGGUACUGUUUCUUCUUCCCAGAGCGCUGAAUCAAAGUGGGGUCCUGAAGCCACUUCAGUGACGGGCACCCUCAGAUUUUCAUCACUGGGAAAAAAGUCAAAUGGGCAAAAGAGUAGUGGGAUCUCCAAGUCUGGAUCUGGAAACAUCUCUCCCCCUGCUCAACUCGUCAGACAGUCAAGCCAAGAACAGAAAACGCGGACUGUGCUAUCUCCAAGUGCCUUAAAAACAAGCAGUGACUUAGGAAAACCCUCAUUUACUCGGACAUCGACCUCAGAGGAAGAAUUCACCACCAGGCUCCGAGCAGAAUCCUUCAGCCACAGGACCUCCAGUUUAAAAACUGAUCAUGGAUUUGCCAGGGCAUCCUCAAGCCUGAAGACAAGGGGUGCCAAAACAGAAUCUUCUCGAUAUUAUGGGAGUUUAAUGUCCCUUGAGAGAUGUGACGGACAAACACUAGCAGGGUCCAAGCCUGAACUUUUCAAGGAGAACAGUAAGUCCAACAGGUCGGUGCCAAAACUGGGAGUUCCACCUUCCAGUUCUACAUCCAGCUCUUUUAUCCAAGGCUCAUCUGGUGUCACUGCAUCACCAAGCAAACUCGGGCAGAAUAAAGGUAAUGGCAGCUCACGGGCAGCAAUACCUGGAGGUGCAAAGGUUCGAACAUUGUCUGCAAGCAGUUCCAAGGGCCUGAGCCCCUCCACUAAACCUCCCGAUAACGAGGCAGUCCGCCACACUAGCCUAGCCCCAACUGGAAAGUCCCCAGCACGCUCUGGGACAGGAGCUAAGAUGGGAAGGGGCACAAUCAUGGGAACAAAGCAGGCCAUCAGCAGGGCAGCAAACAGCCGGGUCAGCGAGCUGGCCACCGGGAGCCAAAGGAAGCAACUGGGAAGAGGCUCUGGUGUGACAGAAAACGAUGGCACUGACAGUGGGACUAGUAGUGUAAGCGGAUCGCCAAACAAUACGCCACUUCCUUCACCUUACAGCAAGAUCACUGCACCUCGGAGGCCACAGCGCUACAGCAGUGGGCAUGGCAGCGAUAACAGCAGCAUUCUCAGUGGGGAGCUUCCCCCCGCCAUGGGCCGCACCGCCCUUUUUUACCACAGUGGAGGGAGCAGCGGCUAUGAAAGCAUGAUCCGGGACAGCGAGACCACCGGCAGCACCUCCUCAGCACAUGACUCCAUGAGUGAAAGCGGGGUGUCCUCAUCAAAUAGAAGCAGAGUUUCUAAAUCACCCAAGAAGAGAGGAAAUGGCUUCCAGCGGCGCCGUCUGAUCCCCGCCCCCCUCCCUGACACUUCGUCUCUGGGCAGGAAAGUAGGAGGUCAGUGGGUGGACCUGCCAACGCUGGGCAGCGCCCUGAAGGAGCCCUUUGAGAUCAAGGUGUACGAGAUUGAUGAUGUGGAGUGCCUGCAGAGGAGGAGGGAGGUGACAGCGGGGUCAGAGCCAUUCCACGAUGUUGAAAAGGGUCUGCUCUACUUUAACGCCCGACUCAGGAUGCUGGAGAGGCGGCAGCAGCAGAUCAGAGAGCUCAGGAGCAAACACGAGAGGCUGCAGGCCGAGCUGGAGGACGCCAAGAGCCGGCUGAUGCUCCACCCCGGCAGGUGGAGCGGAGAAUUUGAUGUAGACCAGGACCUGGACCGGGAGUCCCAGGAGUACCUGGAGGCUCUGGCUCAGGUCACAGCGGAGCUGGAGUACUGCGUCAACCUCUGCAAAUCCAGAGUCAUGAUGGAGACGUGCUUCGACAUUGCGGGGACGUCAGCCAAAGCAGACACCCAGGGAGGACAGCAGGAGUUGGAGGUGUGAGAGAGGAGGCAACCACCAACAUUGCACAUCUGUCCCCAGUGGUCACUAG